CAGCUCUGAAGAGAUCACUUCCUAGUUAAAGAUGGCUGCUGAUACCUCUGUUGAGAUACUUCAAAAAGUUCUGGAGAAUGAAAUACUUCAGACUGCCAAGGUUGUGGAAGAACACCUGGAUGCUGAAAUACAGAAGCUGGACCAAAUGGAUGAAGAUGAACUGGAAUGCCUUAAACAAAGGAGGCUUGAGGCACUAAAAAAGGCCCAGCAGCAGAAACAAGAGUGGCUUUCAAAAGGACAUGGAGAAUACAGAGAAAUCCGAAGUGAGAGAGACUUUUUCCAAGAAGUGAAAGAAAGUAAAAAUGUGGUUUGCCAUUUCUAUAGAGAUACAACAUUCAGGUGCCAAAUAAUGGAUAAGCAUUUGACUGUAUUGGCAAAAAAGCACAUUGAGACAAAAUUCUUGAAAUUAAACGCUGAGAAAUCUCCUUUCUUGUGCGAGAGACUGCGCAUCAAAGUAAUUCCCACUCUAGCACUAGUGAAAGACGGAAAAACACAAGACUAUGUUGUGGGCUUUACUGAUCUCGGUAACACUGAUGACUUCACUACAGAGACCUUAGAAUGGAGAUUAGGCUGUGCAGACAUAAUUAAUUACAGUGGAAACUUGAUGGACCCGCCUUUUCAAAGUCAAAAGAAAUUUGGAACAAGCUUUACGAAGUUGGAUAAGACGAGCAUCAGAGGAAAGAAAUAUGAUUCAGAUUCUGAUGAUGACUAGAAGAACAGCUAAAUGUAUUUGUAAAUCAUCUUUUGUUUAUGCUUGGUACAUUUCUAAGAAUGUUUUUUAUAAAGCUUACUGCUUUUCAUUACAUCUGCACAUAAUGCUCAUUUUUCUACACAGUUUUAUACAACUGAGUCAUAGGAGAAAAAAGCUUAAAUUUUUUUUUUUCCCCUCUUUUGGAAGUCAUUUGUAAUUCAAAAAUCUCAGUCCUUCUAACUAACCAACAUGGCUAAUGAUGAACUUUGUCUUUAGUAUAAGUUUAUGAAGUGUUUUGAAGUAACUGUUAGAAACGCCUGUACCAAGUCAGACCAAAGGUCCCUCUGGCCCAGCAUCCAGUCUCAGUGGCCAAAAGCAGAUGCACAAGGAAGAGUAAACACAGGACGAGCAGAUAACAAUGCUUCCUCAGAAUAUACUUUAAGCAAUCUGUGGCUUGGGGAACUCUGU